UUCUCUACUGGUAAGGCGCUGACAGAUGGGAGCGUUGAAGAUGCCGACGAGGCUGACUGCCAAGCCGCCCAGAAGUCCGGACGAGCUAAUCCAUUUCUGGUUCGACCAACGGGGGGCCGGCGGAUUAACCAGCACUCUGUCCUCUAACCUUAAACGGCGCAUCGCUGCCGUUGUUUGGCUAGAAAGAGGGCACUAGUAGCUAGUUCUUCAGCUCGACUACUAGUCCCUCUAAGUAUUGAACUCCGAGGCGGGGAGAGCGUCCUUUACAGCGCGGCGGCCCAUCUUCUUUUCAUAGUGCAAUUCCUUCACAACCUUGACACUUUGCCCAUCUUCCCUUCGUCCUGUUGCUUGCCGCGGUCCGCGAAGACAAAGUCCUGCAGCUCGCCGAUAUGCCCUUAUAGCGUUUCCUUUCCCUUAUCGCUUACAACAAAGGCCGACCCGAGUUUGUGUCCUGCGCUCAACCUGCGGGAUUGUUAUCGCAGAAUGGAUUCUCGCGGCGCCUCCACCGCCAACACUGCGGCUAGUGACUACCACGAUGACUCAACUUACGAAACGACGGCGGAUGGUAGAAUCGAGAUGGCGCAGGAGGAGAUCGAUGCAAUCAUCAGGAACAAGAGAAAAGUCAGAGACCCCAAGGCUUGUUACGCUUGUCAUCGUCGCAAGGUCAAAUGUGAUCGCAAGCUGCCUUGCGAUUCAUGUAUCAAGCGCGACCAUCCAGAAUUAUGUUCUUACGAACGCCCGACCAAGAAGCGCCGCAUUGCGCUCUCGACCGCCCUCAGUCACCCCGAAGGCGGUAUUGCAGACGCUCACGACCCUCUCCUGCAAAGUGGGCAGUACGUUACGGUGCCGCGGGCGCAGUGGGAACAAAUGAAUAGGGAGUUGCAGCAGCUCCGUGGUGUGACCAAGACAGAGUUAGCGUCACCGACGCUACAACAGCGAGAAGUUGAUGAGUCCAAUCCGCCGGGCACCAUCAGUCGGUCGGACGACACGGACCGGGAGGGCAUCCACGCACCAAGCAAUCAGAUGGGUAUGAUGCAUUUAGGUUCCAGGUCGGUGCUUGCCUAUAUGAUGGGCCUUGGAAGAAGCCAAUCUACACAAGAUACAGCCCGAUCUCUAUUAGAGGAGAAUAUCCUGCCCAAACUAGGCUUGGACAAUGAGAGCGCCACCUAUCCAUUCGUUGAUCUAUGGAGCACCACUUCAAGCAUGCAGGAUGUUAGCGGCCUACUGAAAGCCAUCCCUGAUGAUGAACUCUGCAAGGAGUUUUUCGUUGCCUACAGAGAUAUCGCCGGUGCUCUGUAUCCUGUGGUGCCCGACACGGCCAGUUUCGAAGACACCUUGAUUUUCAUGUUAUCCAAUCGCGCCCGGGCACAGCGCGAUAAUCUGGAACUCGACCCGAACAAGCCAUACGGCGUCUCUCUACCCUGGUUGUCUUUGGUGUUUGCGGUGUUCGCGUCUGGCGCUCAAUCUUCAGACCGACCCGCCAAGGAAAGGGAACUCACCUCGCAAGUCUAUGUUUGUUGUUCGUACCAAGCACUCCGCAUGUCGAAUUUCAUGACCCAUCCAUGUCUGGAGACGAUCGAAGCGUCUUUGAUCAUUGGAAAUGUUCUUUCCUACAACAUGAAUCCAGGUGUGGCGUAUAUCUUCCUGGGCAUGACACUUCGAAUGGCAUUUUCUAUCGGCCUGCAGAUUGAUUCGCACCAUUUCACAGACGCCGAACGAUGGACCCGGCGGCGGAUCUGGUGGGCACUUGCUUGGCAGGAUUCUCACUUCGCAGUCAGUUACGACCGGCCAACUUCGAGUGUCUUGUGCAUUCCAGACAUCCCUUAUGGGAAGUUUAGCUCGCCCGGUGACAGGAGUUAUGCAGAGACCAUGUUCGGCAUUAUUCGACUGACGCAAGAAAUCGUGCGUGAACGCCUUCUCCAUCCUCGCUCCUACAUGACCUGGGAGAGGAUACGAAAGUACACUCAAGAGAUCUCGGAGAUAUUUUCGCAGGGGGCGAUACACCUUCGAGAUCGGAACCAUUGUCACAACAUGAUCCAACACCUUGAAAGGCUAGCCUUGAAAAUCCAUUGCUCAUACCUCACCAGCGAACUAUGUCGUCCCGCACUGAAGGAACCACCACCAUCGGCUGCAGAUGGGACCGCUCAGUCCAACUUGACACCGAAUCAAUCUCCGCCUGGAGGCGGGAAAAAGCCACCGUAUACGUCGGCCCAAUCACCAGCUGGGUCGAGUUCGCUCGAUCCUUCGUCGCGAGCACAGUUACGGCGUCAGUGUGUUGAAAACCUCGAGGCCACCGUAGCCUCAUAUGUCGAAUUACAUGCGAUCAACCGGUUUGCCUCGCGGUCCUGGAUUGGUCUUCAGCGGGCCAUCUCGGCCGCUUUCCUACUGGGCACCUUGCCAGAGACCGGGCACGAUCAACAGCGACUCUCGAUGCUUCGUGAGCUGGAAAAGGUCAUUGCACAACGGACCUGGGAAGAUCCCACAUUUGAAAUCCAAUCCCAGGAGACUUCUUCUUCUUCCACCCAAAGAGCCGCUGUCGCAGGAGGUCGUACCGCCGAACCACCGCUUGCCGAUUCGCCUCAUUGGGCACGAAGUAUGGCCAAGUCGCUGAAUGCGCUGGGCAAGCUGAACGCCGCGCUUGCCGGACCCAAGCCAAGUCACCAUCACCAUGUUAAGCAGCAGGGUUCGACCGCGUCCUAUAUGAACGGUCAUAGCCACGGUGGUGCAGGAGGCACCACCGGUAGUGGCAGUAACAGCAACAAUAUGUACAUGGGAGGAGGAGUGUCGACCUCGGCGGCAACCACAACAGGAACGGCACCACCUAGUUUCACGGCCAGUCCGUCUCAAGGACAAGGACAAGAUCGACAGCCUCAGUCUCAGUCUCAGCAGUAUCCUCCUCCUCCGCCGCCUUUGCAGGGCGUCACGAACCUCAAGCAGGAACCCUUUUCCCCGGCCCUGGCGACCAGUGGCAUCCUCGCCGGCACAGGCGGCGGCAUGGUCGGACCUGGUCCCAUCACUCCCGACAGCACCGGCUCUUCGAGCGAUUGGAACUAUGGAAAUAUUCAUGAGCGCGCCGCUGAGUAUGUUCAGGCUCCGUUCUGGGGGGACAGCAACUUAGGUGGGUUUGCUGGUUAGUGGCACUGUGACAGUAGCAGCAUUGCAGUAACUGGUGCUCCAGUACAGUUCAGUACAUUGAGUAUCCGGUCCGUCAGGGGUACUGCCCGUGGGGAAUUGGGGGGAGGGAAACGCGUCAGGCCGGGAAAUAGCAGAGGAAGAAGGCAAGCCAGGAAUGGAACGCACAGAUGAAAUGAAAUUGGGAUGAGGUGUAUAUAUGUCUUUGAUACUUAUGCUGGUCUUGCAUCGUCACCACGGGCCCAGCUGAUGAUUGUUGAUGCACCACUGCAGUCAGUAAGUAAUAUGAUAUGACCUGUUUGACUUGA